CAUACAAGGCGGACAAAUUUAAACUUCCGUCCAAUCUCCAUAAACGUUUGUGUUCACCAUUCCGCAAAGUUUAUUGAAUUAAUUUAAUUAGUAAUAUAUACUCGUAAACGCUUUUGCUUCCAUCGUUCGUUCACAAGUGAAAAAAUAAUUGGCAAAAUAUAGCAAAUAAUAUGAAACGCGUUACCUUAUUAAUUUGGAUACCUUUGCUUACCUUAUACCAAUUCGCUUUUUCAGCGAGGCCGAAAGAGUAUAGCAUGAAAAUGUAUAAGGUGUGGUGUGACUUCAGUCCAAAGUUUUUCAACGGGUCUUAUUGCGGCGUAAAACCCCAUCGUGACCAAAGAGGCCGCUUCACCCUCAAAGCCUUCAUUCACAGAGAACUGAAAACGCUAAAUGUAUCCGUUCAGCUACACCAGAAAACCAACAUUUAUCGCCCAUUUCUACUGGGUUAUCAGGUAGAUGUUUGCAAAAUGAUGAACGGCAAGGGAUUCAAUUUAUUGCAUCGAUUAUCCUAUCUGGUUAUGUCGAAAAUAUCCAACUGCAAUCACACAUGUCCCUUCAAGGGUUGGUUUGAAGUGAAGGAUGCUAUUGUCGAGACGAAAUGGAUACCGUCCGUGCUACCUGAUGGAUUGUAUCGAUUCGACACGCAAGGAGUCAACGAGGAAGGAUACGUGGGCGCAAUGAAGUUUUACGUAAUUGUCACAAAUCCAGAUUUCUGAGAAUUCGGGAAUACCCACCUGUUGUUACAUAAUUUCU